AUGUCUCUAGCUGACCAGCAAGAAACGCACGCUUUCAAUCAAAGCAUCUACUCAGCUCUCUUCCGUGGUGGACUCGUUGGUUCUGCGCUUGGUACUCUUGGAUGUAUCGUCGGAAGUAGAUACUCUCCUGGUUUCCGCCGCCUCUCGUUCCCUCGUAAAUCUUGGCUCGUCAUCGGCGCUGGUUCUGCUGUCAGUGUUAUUUACGCCGAUAAGGCGACUUUGAAAUUCGACACCAAUCGUUUCAGCAAAAUUAAGGAAGUGGACGACUCUACAAAACAUCUCCCUUGGAAGUAUAGGGCUUUGUACUAUUACAAUGAACACAAGUGGCCCAUCAUCUUGGGUACAUGGGCAAGCACCCUUGGCUUAAGUAUGUACGCUGCAUCUCGCAAUCGCUACGAUACCCUCCCUCAGAAACUUGUUCAGGCAAGAAUGUAUGCCCAAGGCGUUACCGUGCUCGUCCUUUUGGGAAGUGUUUAUCUGACCGCCGUUGCCAGUCGCUUGGAACCUCCCGCGCAAGCAAAACUCGUUACCGACCCUACCGACCCCUCAAAGCUAAUGUCUGUCGAGACAAGCUCCAAAGAACGCUAUCCUGGUGAAUAUCAAUGGCAAGUCUUGGUUGCCAAGGAAGAAGAGCGUCUUCGUCAUUUAAAUCUUCCCCUUCGUACCGGCCAGUCAUCGUCUUCUUCAUCCAACGAUUCUGACUCUUCCGACAAACUCUCGCAAUAA